AUGCUGAUCGAUCAGGCGUCCUCAGGAGGAGUCAUUUCGGUGGGACCAUGGGGGAGUCGUUCGGGUGGUGACCCUUGGAGCUACAAACCCAGCUCUGGAAUAACUGAGAUAACCCUCCACGAAGGUGGUAAUAUCAAGUCCAUUUCCUUCAAAGACGAAGAUGGCUUUGUCUCUGAGACAUUCGGUGGCCAUAGCCCUGAUCCUUGGGAUUGGGGAAAUAAGAUACAGGUCACUAUCGAUUUCCCUUCGGAGUAUUUCAAAUCCAUAAGUGGAACGUAUGGUGUGUACAAUGAUGUACCUGAUGUUAUCAUUUCACUAUCUUUUCACACAAAUCUCAAGACAUAUGGACCUUUCGGAACCAGUACUGCUUCUGCUAAGCCUUUCAGCAUCCCCAUGACAGACUGUGUCGUAGUUGGAUUUCAUGGACGCUGUGGCUAUUACCUUGAUGCUCUUGGUAUUUAUGUCAAACCAGUAGAUCCAGAUGGAAGCAUUUCAUUUGGGAAAUGGGGAGGUAGGGGUGGAAAUGACACCAUUAAUUUCACAGUGGGAAGUAGUAGUUGGAUAAAACAGAUAUCAGUCCACCAUGAUGAUUUCAAUAUCAAGUCUCUCUCCUUCAAGGACGGUAAUGACCGCGUCUAUGGAAAAUUUGGUGGCAACGAAUUUGGUGUAGAAAAAAUAAUUGAGUUUGAUGGGCUUUCGGAGUUUUUGACGUCUAUAAGUGGGACAUAUGGAAAUCAUCGUGGAUUAACUGUGAUCACAUCAUUAUCAUUUAUAACAAAUCUUAAUACAUAUGGACCAUUCGGAAAAGCAACAGGCACUGCUUUCUCAAACCCAAUUCAAGGUGGCGUCGUUGUUGGAUUCCAUGGAAAAUCAGGCUACUACAUUGACUCAAUUGGCUUCUAUGUCAAACCGGCGUCCUCAGGAGGAGUCAUUUCGGUGGGACCAUGGGGGAGUCGUUCGGGUGGUGACCCUUGGAGCUACAAACCCAGCUCUGGAAUAACUGAGAUAACCCUCCACGAAGGUGGUAAUAUCAAGUCCAUUUCCUUCAAAGACGAAGAUGGCUUUAUCUCUGAGACAUUCGGUGGCCAUAGCCCUGAUGCUUGGGAUUGGGGAAAUAAGAUACAGGUCGCUAUCAAUUUCCCUUCGGAGUAUUUCAAAUCCAUAAGUGGAACGUAUGGUGUGUACAAUGAUGUACCUGAUGUUAUCAUUUCACUAUCUUUUCACACAAAUCUCAAGACAUAUGGACCUUUCGGAACCAGUACUGCUUCUGCUAAGCCUUUCAGCAUCCCCAUGACACACAGUGUCGUAGUUGGAUUUCAUGGACGCUCUGGCUAUUACCUUGAUGCUCUUGGUAUUUAUGUCAAGCCAGUAGAUCGAGAUGGAAGCAUUUCAUUUGGGAAAUGGGGAGGUAAGGGUGGAGAUGACCCCAUUAAUUUCAAGGUUGGAAGUAGUAGUUGGAUAAAACAGAUAUCAGUCCACCAUGAUGAUUCCAACAUCAAGUCUCUCUCCUUCAAGGACGGGAAUGACCGCGUCUAUGGAAAAUUUGGUGGCAAGAAUCCUAACGAUUUUGGUGUAGAAAAAAUAAUUGAGUUUGAUGGGGUUUCGGAGUUUUUGACGUCUAUAAGUGGGACAUAUGGAAAUUAUCGUGGAUUAACUGUGAUCACAUCAUUAUCAUUUAUAACAAAUCUUAAUACUACAUAUGGACCAUUCGGAAAAGCAACAGGCACUGCUUUCUCAAACCCAAUUCAAGGUGGCGUCGUUGUUGGAUUCCAUGGAAAAUCAGGCUACUACAUUGACUCAAUUGGCAUCUAUGUCAAACCGGCGUCCUCAGGAGGAUUCAUUUCGUUGGGACCAUGGGGGAGUCGUUCGGGUGGGGACCCUUGGAGCUACAAACCCAGCUCUGGAAUAACUGAGAUAACCCUCCAUGAAUGUGGUAAUAUCAAGUCCAUUUCCUUCAAAGACGAAGAUGGCUUUAUCUCUGAGACAUUCGGUGGCCAUAGCCCUGAUCCUUGGGAUUGGGGAAAUAAGAUACAGGUCACUAUCGAUUUCCCUUCGGAGUAUUUCAAAUCCAUAAGUGGAACGUAUGGUGUGUACAAUGAUGUACCUGAUGUUAUCAUUUCACUAUCUUUUCACACAAAUCUCAAGACAUAUGGACCUUUCGGAACCAGUACUGCUUCUGCUAAGCCUUUCAGCAUCCCCAUGAAAGACAGUGUCGUAGUUGGAUUUCAUGGACGCUGUGGCUAUUACCUUGAUGCUCUUGGUAUCUAUGUCAAGCCAGUAGAUCCAGAUGGAAGCAUUUCAUUUGGGAAAUGGGGAGGUAGGGGUGGAAAUGACACCAUUAAUUUCACAGUGGGAAGUAGUAGUUGGAUAAAACAGAUAUCAGUCCACCAUGAUGAUUUCAAUAUCAAGUCUCUCUCCUUCAAGGACGGUAAUGACCACGUCUAUGGAAAAUUUGGUGGCAACGAAUUUGGUGUAGAAAAAGUAAUUGAGUUUGAUGGGGUUUCGGAGUUUUUGACGUCUAUAAGUGGGACAUAUGGAAAUUAUCGUGGAUUAACUGUGAUCACAUCAUUAUCAUUUAUAACAAAUCUUAAUACUACAUAUGGACCAUUCGGAAAAGCAACAGGCACUGCUUUCUCAAACCCAAUUCAAGGUGGCGUCGUUGUUGGUUUCCAUGGAAAAUCAGGCUACUACAUUGACUCAAUUGGCAUCUAUGUCAAACCGGGAGAGGCAGAAUAA